AUGUGGCUCUACCUGGCUGCCCUCUUGGGGCUUUACUUCCUUUACCAAUGGUACCGGGAGAGGCAGACCGUGGAGAACCUCAGAGAGAAAUAUGUCUUCAUCACCGGCUGUGAUUCUGGCUUUGGGAACAAGCUGGCCAGACAGCUGGAUGCCCGGGGCCUGCGUGUGUUGGCGGCCUGUCUCACUCAGAAGGGGGCAGAACAGCUGAAGAAGGCCACAUCAGAGAGACUGAAAACCACCAUUCUGGAUGUCACCAGCACAGAGAAUGUUGAGGCAGCAACCAAGUGGACGAAAUCAUGCAUAGGGAACAAAGGGCUCUGGGGCUUGGUAAACAAUGCAGGCAUAUGUGUCCCAUCUGGUCCCAAUGAAUGGAUGACCAAGGAUGACUUUGCAAAGGUGAUCAACGUCAAUCUACUUGGGCUGAUCGACGUGACGCUGCACCUCCUGCCCCUGGUGAGAAAAGCCAGAGGGAGGGUGGUCAAUAUAUCCAGUGUGAUGGGAAGAGUGGUGUUCUGUGGAGGAGGAUACUGCCCAUCCAAGUUUGGAGUGGAGGCCUUCUCUGACAGUCUGAGGCGUGAGCUCCUCCCUUUCGAAGUCAAACUCAGCAUUGUUGAGCCUGGUGCUUUCAUUACACCCAUUCUGCUAAAUGUGGAAGAGUAUUUCAGCAUUCAGUGGCACCAGACAACUUCUGACAUCAGAGAGUCCUAUGGGCAACAGUACUUUGAAAAACUUUGCAAACUUUAUCAAAGCACCUUGAUGACAGCCAACACCAAUCUCUCCCUGGUCACUGACCACAUAGAACAUGCCCUGCUAUCCCGCUACCCUCGCACUCGCUACUCUCCAGGCUGGGAUGCAAAGCUCUUCUUCAUUCCUUUCUCCUACUUGCCAGCCUCAGUGCAAGACUUCUUGAUGAGCUUCUUUUGGCCAAAGCCAGCACAGCCAAUGUAG